UUCAUCCUCGUGUGUUUUUUUUUCCUUUUACUGCGUGAACUCAGUCGCUUUUUUUGUGUGUCUUUAUUGAUUUAAUAUGACACAAAGGCAGAUGUGACGGAUAUUCUUAACAGGCCACCGGUGUCCAUCUUUGUAGACGCGAUCGUUAAGUCGGUCGGAUCCCCCCCUCCCCUUUGCUGUCAUGGCUCUACAAAACUCCCUUAAAACUGCCCUAAAGCUGAAGUAUCGUAAACUGCUUUCUGACAUCACCUUCAUUCCUCCAAGACUUUGCAUUUGGGACCUGCGAGACUAUAAUGUCCUUGAUGUGAGCCAGCAUGAAUUUAGGACCUUUGAUAAAGUGGAGCUUCCAAGCGAUGAAACAUUCUCAGUUUCUGAAAUUUUAAAAUGUGACUGUAAACAUAACAGCAAGAAAAGAAUAAUCCUCACCAUGGGACUCUCCCGAAUCGGUAAGACCACGGCGGUGCAGAUGAGCGCUCUUGACUGGGCGGAGGGAAAAGGCUACCAUGAUAUCCACCUCCUGUUUCUGCUCACCUUCUGGGAGUUGAGCUUGCAAAAACAGUUGCCCGAUUGCCUGAGCCUGUUUGAACUUCUAAAAAUAUUUUAUCCAUCAUUGAAGGAUCUGGACAUUGCCAGUCUAAAGGAAAAGAAAGUGUGGUUUUUCCUUGAUGGCCUUGAUGAAAGUCAGCUGAGCCUGAACUUUUCCUCUCCACCAGUGAGUGAUGUUUUCCACACUUCCUCGGUGGCGUCUGUACUGACCAGUCUGAUCAGGGGAGAUUUGCUUCCCAAUGCUCAUAUAUGGAUAACAACCCGGUUUGCAACAGCAAAAGACAUACCUGAUCGCUAUUUGCUUAAAGUGACAGAGUUGCAAGGCUUCAGUGACGAACAGAAGGAGGAGCACUUUACAAACCUUAUUCCUAGCCAAGAUCUAGCUAACAAAGUCAUUCACCAUGUGAAGUUUUCGGGAGUUCUUGACGGUCUUUGUCGAGUGCCUCAACUCUGCACUAUCAUAGCCCAUGUUUUAAAGAAACACCUGAAAACGCAUAAAGGAUUUUUAAAUCUUACCCAGGUUUACUUAAAACUAAUCACACCACAAUUAUUGAACCCUUAUAGGACACCUGUUAGAAAAAUGACAAUGAUGGCAUCGCGUUUGAUGAAAAGUACAAGUGUAAUGUAUGAACAUGAAAUUACAGAGGACUUGACUGUCAGUGAAGCUUCAGCUUACUGUGAGGAGUGUCCUCUUGUGCUGAUAGAAGAAAAGGGGUUGAAGGGCGCCCGAGUCUAUCGCUUCGCUCACCCGAGCAUUCAAGAGUUUUUGUUUGCUUCAUCUUCCUUGUUGGACAGCGUGGUACCAGAUGCUCCCUUCUACCUUCCCCAUUGUUUCCUUGUGGACCAGACGCUGAAUCAUCCCGAUGGAAGGUUUGAUGUAGCUCUUCGCUUUGUUUUUGGCAUCCUCAAGGAGCGUCGUAUGGUCGAGGACAGCGAUCGUUUGUUUCUCUACACCAAGAUGAAGCUCCUGGACAACAUGUUUUCUGACACCGCUGUGGCCUUGUUCCAUUGUCUGAGGGAGUAUGACAGCAAAGCCUUCCUGAGUGACCUCAAGUCCUUCCUGAAGACCGAUGCCGCUCCAGUCCUCACGUUCACUCCGGCAGAUUGGUCUAUAAUCAUCAUGUUUUUGACAGAUUUUGAAGGCUUGCAAGAUACCUUUGAGCUUGAGGUGUCUCAUGCAUCUGACAAAAGACUGCUGAGGCAGUUGCCAGUGGUUAUGAAGUCACUGAAAGCAAAGCUGAGGUUUUGUAACCUGACGUACAGGUGUUGUCCAGGCUUGGCAGUGGUCCUGAAAACAAGCGAGUCACGCCUGACUCAGCUCGACCUGGGUUAUAACAACAUCACUGACGGCGGUGUGAGGGAACUCACGAAAGGCCUGUUGGAUAAAAAUUGCAAACUGGAAACGCUCCGGUUGCAGGGCUGCGGAUUAACCUCCAAUGCCUGUAAAUACUUGGCUGCAGCACUGGGUCAGUCCCCAAAGCUACGGGAGCUGGAUCUCAGUGGGAACAGAAUAGGAGAUGAUGGGCUGCAGCAUCUUGCAAUGGUUUUACGGUCUGCAAACUGCCAUAUACACACAUUAAAGAUGUCAUACUGCCACAUUGGGCCAAAGGGUUGCAUUUGUCUGGCCUCGGCACUGCAGCAAAAUUCCCAACAUCUAAAAGUGCUGGAUCUGGGUUUGAAUAGGAUCCGAGACAAAGGAGUUCAAGCACUCUUGAACAAAGUGGAUAUAUCAAAGCUAACAAAGUUGGAGUUGUACUUCUGUGGCCUGACGGCAUCAAGCUGUGGAAAUAUUGGCAAAGCUCUGGCAUCUGAAACCAGUUCUCUGAUGGAACUAAAUCUUAGUUGCAACAAGUUGUAUGCUGCAGGAUUUGAGCAGAUCUGCGAAGGCAUGUAUGCUUGGUGCAGUCUGGAAAAACUCAAUGUUUCGAAUUGUGGUAUCACCAGUUGCAUUUAUUUGGCCAAGGUGCUGUGUUCGGUGUCACAGCUCUAUAGCGGUGGGAAGGUCCAAACGAGUUGGCAAGCUGUUGAGCUGAAAGAACUGGACCUCAGCAAGAAUGAUUUCGGAGAUGAGGGAGUCAGAGAGUUUUCAGCUGGACUGAGAAAUCCAUACAUCCAUCUGAAAACGCUAAACCUGAGCGGUUGUUACCUGACAGAUGACUGUUGUUCAGAGCUUGCAGCUGUAUUUGCAUCAGCACACAGCAUUCUAAAUGACCUCGACCUGUCGGACAACAACCUACAAGAUAAGGGAGUUAAAAAACUCUGUGUGGGACUUGGGAACCCUCAAUGCAAAAUUGAGAAAUUGGUAUUGAGGAACUGCAGCCUGAGUUCCAUGAGUGUGAAGUUCUUAACUGCUGCCCUGAAGUCAAACCCUCUAAACCUGGGAGAGCUGCAUGUGAUGGGCAACAAUCUGGACAACUCCCAAGUCAGAGUGCUCAUGGAGUUAAAGAAGAACAAGAAAUACUUCUUACACACAAUAGACGUCUCGGCAGAUUGAGGCUUCACUGUCUUCUUCCUCACACUCAAUGCCAUCAGAUCUGUAGUGGGAAGGUCAUCUGUAUUUUGCUGUAUUGUCUAAUACAGUUUUUUUUUUUUAAACUGUUCUCUUUAAGUAGAUUAAGAAAAGCCAAUUAUACUUUUAAGCGAAUGCUAAUCUGCAAGUCAGACUUCCUAUUUUAUUUUUUUAAUUACCCCCCCCUUUUUUUUUUUUUUUUUUGUUAGUUUUAAACUACACAUUUUCUUGGUUCUUGGUUGCAGUAAACUUUAAAACUCAUGCUGGAUCCAGCUACAGAACACUGAAAGAAAGUGAGUUGGAUCAUUGUACAAAAAUUUGUGCUAGUAUUUAAACUCAAAACCGUUUCUUUCACUCUGUCUUCAGAGGAUCUUUGCGUACUGUUGGAAUGACUGUAUCAAAUGAGCAGUUAGUUGGAGAGACUAUGAUGAGGAGUAUGACUUGCAUUGUGAGGGACCAUCAACUUUGACAUUUUGUCCGUGUGGCGCGUUUCUCUGUGCAUAAAACAGCACACGGGUGCCUGAGUGUUGAGAACACCAGUGGCUGGAAAAGGCCAAGGGGAGGCCUGUGUUUCACCUGGCAGUUGGAGAUUGGUGGUUAUUUCAGCAAACCCAUCUCACGCUGUUCUGUGAUGGCAUCUUGAAAAGUUAAUCUAUGCUUCGUGAUACCGUCACAAAAAUGCGCUUUUCAUGAUGGAAGCACGAAAUGCAGGUUGAUGCGAAUGGCAGGGGGUGUCUGUGGGUGUUAGGGGACAAAAAUGCAUCAUGGGAAAAAAAAAAGGGUAUUUUAGAGAUGUGGUGGAUGGACCUGUUGUCUGCCUGGGUGGUUGCAAUCCAGAACCCAAGUCAUCUCCCUGGUGUUGUAGAUGCGGGAGAGGUGUGGGUACUUAGACAUUUCCAAAUCACGAAUAUGUCAGGAACUUCAUUAAUAAGUACUGUACACAGAAUCAUGGUGGAGCGGCACUGAGGUGCGCUUCCUGUUUAAAAAAAAAAAAAACAUCCGCUAAGGUUUGUCACAAGGCACAUGGGGAAGUCGAGCCUGGGUUCGAUGGUUUUUUUUUUUUUUUUCUUAGAAAAUACUUCACUCUUCUCCACCACCACGAGGCUGUGACUGCUGGUGCAACAGAUGGAUAGCACUCCAUGCAGUUUUUCAAGAAUCCCGUAACUAGUUUUUGAGCGCUACCUAUUCCAGACAGACCACACAGAACCAUACCGUUGGCAUUUUUUUUUUUUUAUGAUUGAUGUAAAUAAAGUCUAAGAUUCGUGCAGUGAUUUGGAAAUGCUGAGGUAUCCAUCCUCCAACCUGGCUGUAAAACUGGUAGUUUGCCUUAAAGGUGGUACUUGCAUUUAAUUUACCACAAAAUAUAGGGUAUCUGUGUACAAGUGGCUGUAAUUCCUAAAUAGUUAAUGUGAAGUUUUUAGCUAAACCCCUUUACUGUAACCGGCUCAGCUUUCACUCUUAACAUUACAGAAUGAUCACGGCUAUCAGUCAUAACCGUUAGUUAUUGUAUGUUCUUACAGAUGUAAUGUUGACUUUGAAAUGUUAGAAUUGCUCUUUUAUUUUUUUCUUUCUUUGUAUUGCCUAAGGUUAAUAUUGUACUAAAUUCAUUCCUGUGCUUUCCAAAAUAAAGCUGCUGUUAACCACAAA